CUGGAUACCAUAACUUUUAAAUAUUUCCAUCAACGCAAGAUGGGAACAAGCAGUGGUGAUCGCCUGCUGGACAUACCAUGUAAAGUAUGCGGAGAUCGUAGUUCCGGUAAACAUUAUGGCAUCUACAGUUGUGAUGGAUGCUCGGGUUUCUUUAAACGGAGUAUACAUCGUAAUCGUAUAUAUACCUGUAAAGCCACAGGCGAUUUAAAAGGUCGCUGUCCCGUUGAUAAAACUCAUCGCAACCAAUGUAGAGCGUGUCGUUUGGCAAAAUGUUUUCAGUCGGCUAUGAAUAAAGAUGCUGUACAACAUGAACGUGGCCCUCGUAAGCCGAAAAUUCAUCCGCAGUUACAUCAACAUCAUCAUCAUCAAGCCCAUCAUCAUCAUCAUCAUCAUCAUGCGGGACAUCAUGUGAAUGGUUUAUCUGGUCAUCCGGCGGCUUAUCAUCAUCAUCAUGCUGCCCACUUACCAGUUUCUUUGGUAACGAAUGUCUCCGCUUCUUUUAAUUAUACUUCACAUAUUUCAACGCAUCAUGCGGCGGCGGCGGCCGCAGCAGCAGCUGGUUUUCAUGGUCCUCCUCAUCCAACUGCCUUCCAUCAUCCCGGCCAUGUGAAUAAUGGUGUACCAGGUGGUGUACCCCAUAGCACAGCGCAUUUAUCUUUUCCGCCUCAUUUGCUUCCUCAAAUGCAUCAUAAUCUUAUAGCUGAAGCCACAAGCAAAUUGCCUGUUAUAGCGGCUGCGGCUACUGCUACGACAGCUGCUACUAUGGUGGGGAACGCAGCACCUGCACAUCCUAUAUCAAGCACCACGCACAACUAUUCUUCACCUUCCCCGUCUGAUUCGAUACAGUCGAUUUCGUCGGUAGGAGGACGUUCGUCGCGGGGUUGCGAGUCACCACGUUUAAAUGUAGAAACUGAAACGCCUUCGCCUCCUUUCACACCCGUUAGCUCGCCUUUAGCACAAGAACCUUUAUCGCCUACUGACACCAACGACUCAGAGUCGCCAAAUAAUAAUGAUAAAAGUCUUUUAAAUCGCAAUUUUAGUGUAAAAAGUUCUAUAAAUACUUCCUCCUCUUCUCCUACGCCACCAGUUUCCAUAUCACCUACUACUCCAGGCAUGCAUCUGUCAGCAUUUUCUUUAGCGUCAAAUGCAUCAUCGAAUCAAGCGCCCGUUACAUCUUCGGUCACGGCUACCAAUUUAACAACACACACUUCGUCUUCACCAACAACUACUACAUCGUUUACGCCAUCAUCAGCUCAAGCGGCCGCUGCUGCUGGUGCUUUGUACGCUGCUCGACAAAACGGCUUUAUCGAGUUGCUUUUAAGUCCCGACAAAUGCCAGGAAAUCUUACAGUAUCAGAUGCACAAUUCAAUAAUGUUUCCACCGCUACCGCAACAACUUAUUGGUUUGGAUUCACGUUUAAUAUCGUGGGAAAUGUUGCAAGAAACAACCGCUCGACUCUUAUUCAUGGCGGUUCGUUGGGUUAAAUGCCUAAUGCCUUUUCAAACUUUGUCUCGCAACGAUCAAGUUCUUCUACUGCAGGGUUCUUGGAAGGAACUAUUUCUGCUAAAUUUAGCUCAAUGGAUUACGCCUUUGGACUUAACACCGAUUUUCGAUUCAACUUUAAUUAAGGAACGUUUACCUCAGGAUGGCACUACUGAUAAUGAAAUAAAGACAAUACAGGAGAUAUUACUACGUUUUCGUCAGCUAAUACCGGACGGCAGUGAAGUUGGCUGCAUGAAAGCAAUUGUUCUCUUUACGCCAGAUAUACAAGGUCUUAGCGAUAUCCAACCGGUGGAAAUGUUACAAGAUCAGGCACAAUGCAUACUUUCGGAUCAUGUACGCUUACGUUAUCCUAGACAACAGGCCACCAGAUAUGGCCGAUUGUUGUGGUUAUUGCCGACGUUACGUUCAAUACGCACCAGUACUAUAGAGAGUUUGUUUUUCAAAGAGACGAUUGGCAAUGUGCCCAUCUCUCGUUUAUUGAAAGAUAUGUAUAUCAUGGAACCAGCAACUGCAACUGUAGCGACCGGUCAAACGGCACAGCAAGCAGAGAAAUAG